UGUCAAAAACUAAUUACCAAUUAGUGCAGUUCAUAUUUACACAGUGUUCGUAUCGAAGUAAAAAGAAAAUGAUAAAAAUUAAAAUUGUUAUACUAGGCAUUGCCAUCGGUUUGGUCAGUGGACAAACUUUCCAACAAGUUCAAAAUUUUCCUGCUCAAACCAUACAUUCACCACAGCGUGAAGUCCAACCAGAAAUUCAUAUACAGUCACAGUCACAGCAAAGAGCAUCCGAUCUCAAUGAUGAAGUAGCUCGUAAUUUCCGACUGUCGGUCGCCCAAUCGAUCAGAGAUAGACAGAAUCAAGGACCAACAAAUAUUGGCGGUCUGCCAGCUGAUUAUCCGGUAGAUCCUUUGAAUGAUCCGAAUAUACCGAUCGUUCAAAUCAAUAACCAACCCCUGCGGCAGUCACAUAUUUCUCGGCCUCGAUCUCGUCCCCGUCUUCAACGAAUUCGUGUCGAAGAACCAUUGGAAGAGAAUGAACCAGAAAAUAUUCCACAAGCAUUUCUACAACGACAACAGACUCGUAUCCCAGUUCCGAGCACACCAGUCAGACAACAAGUUGUCCAUACUGAUGAAGAGGACGCCGAAACUGCUAGAUAUUUGAGAAAACAGGCUGAGAAUGCUCACUACAGUUUUGAUUCGUCUGUCCAAGAUACCAUCAAUGACCAUGCAAUUAGUCGUCAGGAAGUUCGCGACGGUUUGGCGUUAAAAGGCAUGUACUCGUACAGUGAUGGUUUCUUCAGACGUACUGUCCAUUACGAAGCUGAUGAGCAUGGAUACCGUGUUACCAAGGAAGAGAUUGAUCCGAUUGGUAACGGACCACAGUACAAUCCCAGUGGUAAGGCCGAUGUUUCGUCGUCUUUGAUCGGCGAAUACUCAAUAACCGCUGAUGAUGUCCGUGACACUCGAGUCAAGAACCCAUUACGACGAGAAGAAUUCGAAGAGCCACAAAUCAGGAACAGAGCACCAGAAAGAAAACAUCGUUUUGAAGCUGGACGAGUUUAACAAUGCGAAAGUGUUGUGCUGAUAAAAACCAAUAAAUUGCUGUUAAUUAUGUU